AUGGUUCCAGCAGCAAAGGAAAAAUUGAUAACACUACUGAAGCGGUACAGUGACGUCUUUGCUUGGACAUACGACGAGAUGCCUGGUUUUGACCUAUCCCUUGUCACCCAUCAUCUGGAUACUUUUCCCAACUCUAAGCCAAUCAAGCAGCAUGCUCGAAAGUAUCACCCUGAUCUUGAAGUAAAGAUUAAGGCGGAGUGGGGGAUCGAAGUAGAUGGGGAUAAGAUCAAGUCAAUCAUGGAGAUGCCACCACCGCACUCUCAAAAGGCCUUGAAGAAAUUCCUAGGCAAAGUGCCAUACCUUAGGAGGUUCAUUCCAGCCCUUACUGAGAUAACCUUUUCCUUUGGGGCACUGUUGAAAGAGAAUCACAAGUUUGAAUGGUUGCAAGAACACCAACAGGCAUUCGAUAUGGUGAAGAAAGCACUUACCUCUCCAUUUACAAUGAUUACCCCACAACUCGAAAAGCCUCUGCUAUUGUACCUGACCUCUACAUCUUGGUCUAUUGGAGCUCUACUUGUCUUAGACAUAAAUGGCAUUGAGAAGCCAAUUUAUUACAUCAAUCGCAAAGUCAAUGGUGCCGAGUUACGAUAUACCCCAAUUGAAAGGCAUUGUUUAGCCUUAAUCUUCACAGCGCAGAAGUUGCACCACUAUUUUUUGCCACACCCGAUCCAGGCUAUUAAGAGCCAAGCACUUGCAGACUUACUGGCCCAAUUCUCAUUUGGUAAACAUGAACUUGCAGAGGUACCUCUACUAGGUGAGGUCCAUGUCUCAGCAGUUGUAGUUGAGACUUACUGGGACUUAAAAUUUGAUAGAGCUUUCGGAGUUGGGAAAGGUGGAGCUGGCAUAACACUAACCAGUCAAGAAGGAGAGAAGUUUCAUCUAUCAUAUAAGCUUGACUUUGAAUGUUCAAACAACGAGGCUGACUAUGAGGCGUUGAUACUGGGUCUAAUUACUGCCCAAAAGAAGGGCCUCCACAAGUUGAAAAUUUGGGGUGACUCCAAGCUAGUUGUCAAGCAAACAAUGGGUGAUUUGGCCUUAAAAGAGCCUCUGUUGGCCCCAUAUCACACUGUAGUUCAAAGGUUGCUCACUCAGUUUGAUGAUGUCCAAAUCCAGCAUACCCCACAAACAUAUAACCAUUUCCUCAAUGCCUGGGCAACUCUAGGGGCAAAUGUGGAUAUACCAGAUGAUAGUAUAGCCAUGGUCAUCGAGAAAAAAACAACACCAGCAGUGUUUGCCGAAGAACAUACAGAGCAGGAUGUUGAGAAGUGGAAAACAGAUAUAAUCCAGCAGUUGAAAAUAGGCUAG